CGGAGGUGGGGGCGGGCCGGCAUCUUCGGAGCAGUGGGCCGCUCUGCGUGGGUACCACGGCCCCGCCCCGGUGAUCGCGAAUUCCCGAGCGCACAGCCCCGGCUUCCCGGCUCAGGGAACCGCCCCGCCGCCAUCCCAGCAGCGGGGCCGGGACGCGGAGUGGGGGCCCGAAGUCCACCAGGUUGCAGUGCAUCGUCGCCGCCCACCGGCCAUCAUAGAGGAGUACGAACAAUGGCUGAUAACAGUGUAUUAACAUCCACAACUGGGAGGACAAGCUUGGCGGACUCUUCCGUUUUUGAUUCUAAAGUUACUGAAACUUCUAAGGAAGACUUAUUUAUUGGACCUACUUCCUAUGUUGAAGAAGAAAUGCCUCAGGUUGAAACAAGAGUGAUACUGGUUCAAGAAGCUGGAAAACAGGAAGAACUUAUAAAAGCCUUAAAGACUAUUAAAAUAAUGGAAGUCCCUGUUAUAAAGAUAAAAGAAAGUUGUCCUGGAAAAUCGGAUGAAAAAUUAAUAAAAAGUAUUGUUAAUAUGGAAAUUAAAGUGCCAUUUGUAAAGAUGGAAUCAAUUGAAGAAUUUAAAAGUUUGGAUUCUCCAGAAUUUGAAAAUGUAUUCAUAGUCAUGGACUUCGAGGAUUCUGUCUUUAAUGAGUUAUACAAGACUGAUUGUAGAGUUAUUGGACCACCAGUAGUAUUAAACUGUGCCCAGAAAGGAGAGCCUUUGCCAUUUGCAUGUCGCCCACUCUAUUGUGCAAGCAUGAUGAAUCUAGUACUAUGUUUUACUGGAUUCAGGAAGAAAGAAGAACUAGUCAGAUUGGUGACAUUGGUUCAUCACAUGGGUGGAGUUAUUCGAAAAGACUUUAAUUCAAAAGUUACACAUUUGGUGGCAAAUUGUACACAAGGAGAAAAAUUCAGGAUAGCUGUGAGCUUGGGUACUCCAAUUAUGAAGCCAGAGUGGAUUUAUAAAGCUUGGGAAAGGCGGAAUGAACAGGAUUUCUGUGCAUCAGUUGAUGACUUUAGAAAUGAAUUUAAAGUUCCUCCAUUUCAAGAUUGUAUUUUAAGUUUCUUGGGAUUUUCAGAUGAAGAGAAGACCAAUAUGGAAGAAAUGACUGAAAUGCAAGGAGGUAAGCAUUUACCAGUUGGAGAUGAAAGAUGCACUCAUCUUAUAGUUGAAGAGAGUAUAGUAAAAGAACUUCCAUUUGAACCUUCGAAGAAGCUUUAUGUUGUCAAGCAAGAGUGGUUCUGGGGAAGCAUUCAAAUGGAUGCCCGAGCUGGAGAGACUAUGUAUUUAUAUGAAAAGGCUAAUACACCUGAGCUCAAGAAAUCAGUGUCACUGCUUUCUCUAAAUACCCCAAACAGCAAUCGCAAAAGACGUCGUUUAAAAGAGACACUUGCUCAACUUUCAAGAGAUACAGACAUAUCACCUUUUCCUCCCCGUAAGCGCCCAUCAGCUGAACAUUCCCUUUCUAUAGGGUCACUUCUAGAUAUCUCCAACACGCCAGAAUCUAGCAUUAAUUAUGGAGAAACACCAAAGUCUUGUACUAAGUCUUCUAAAAAUUCCACUCCAGUUCCUUCAAAGCAGUCAGCCAGGUGGCAAGUUGCAAAAGAGCUCUAUCAGACUGAAAGUAAUUAUGUAAAUAUAUUGGCUACAAUUAUUCAGUUAUUUCAAGUACCAUUGGAAGAGGAAGGACAACGUGGUGGACCUAUCCUUGCACCAGAAGAGAUUAAGACUAUUUUUGGUAGUAUUCCAGAUAUCUUUGAUGUGCACACUAAGAUAAAGGAUGAUCUUGAAGACCUUAUUGUUAAUUGGGAUGAGAGCAAAAGCAUUGGUGAUAUCUUUCUUAAAUAUUCAAAAGAUUUGGUAAAAACCUACCCUCCUUUUGUGAACUUUUUUGAAAUGAGCAAGGAAACAAUUAUUAAAUGUGAAAAACAGAAACCUAGAUUUCAUGCUUUUCUGAAGAUAAACCAAGCUAAACCAGAGUGUGGACGGCAAAGCCUUGUUGAACUUCUCAUCCGACCAGUACAGCGAUUACCCAGUGUUGCGUUACUUUUAAAUGAUCUUAAGAAGCAUACAGCUGAAGAAAAUCCUGACAAAAGCACUCUAGAAAAAGCCAUUGGAUCACUAAAGGAAGUAAUGACGCAUAUUAAUGAGGAUAAGAGAAAAACAGAAGCUCAAAAGCAAAUUUUUGAUGUUGUUUAUGAAGUAGAUGGAUGCCCAGCUAAUCUUUUAUCUUCUCACCGAAGCUUAGUCCAGAGAGUUGAAACAGUUUCUCUAGGUGAGCACCCCUGUGACAGAGGAGAACAAGUAACUCUCUUUCUCUUCAAUGACUGCCUGGAGAUAGCAAGAAAACGACACAAAGUUAUUGGCACUUUUAGGAGUCCCCAUGGCCAGACCCGACCGCCAGCUUCUCUUAAGCAUAUUCAUCUAAUGCCUCUUUCUCAGAUUAAGAAAGUGCUAGACAUAAGAGAGACAGAAGAUUGCCAUAACGCUUUUGCCUUGCUUGUGAGGCCGCCCACAGAGCAGGCAAAUGUAUUGCUCAGUUUCCAGAUGACAUCAGAGGAGCUUCCAAAAGAAAGCUGGCUAAAGAUGCUAUGUCGACAUGUAGCCAACACCAUUUGUAAAGCAGAUGCUGAGAAUCUUAUUUAUACUGCUGAUCCAGAAUCCUUUGAAGUAAAUACAAAAGAUAUGGACAGUACAUUGAGUAGAGCAUCUAGAGCAAUAAAAAAGACUUCAAAAAAGGUUACAAGAGCAUUUUCUUUCUCCAAAACUCCAAAAAGGGCUCUACGAAGAGCUCUUAUGACAUCCCAAGGUUCAGUGGAGGGAAGAAGUCCUUCUAGCAAUGAAAAGCACGUAAUGAGUCGUCUGUCUAGCACAUCGUCAUUAGCAAUUACCCAUUCUGUUUUUACAAGCAGUAUAAUUGGACUUACUAAGCAUCUUUAUGUUCAGCGCUCAAACUCUACUGGUGGGCGCUUUCAAAACUCCUGGUUUCGAUCUAUACGUCAUUCUGCCUCACAGACUAGUUAUUCAGAGAUGGUAGAAGGAAAUACUGAUUUUUCAAAUUCAAAAAAAAGUUCUAUCCAAGUCAUCUUUGAAAUUUGUGAAGAAUUAGGAGAUAUGCCAACCAGUAAUGGAAACAAGCCUCGUGAAGUUUAAUGGCAUUCCAUCUCCCUCCCUUGUCAGCCUUCCUUCUUUCUUUGAAAGGAGAAGUCAUACUUUAAGUAGAUCUACAACUCAUUUAAUAUGAAGUUUUAAAAAAAAAAUCUUAAUUUGUAGAAACUUAUGAACACCUCAUAUUCAAACAAGAAACUGACUUAAAUGGUACUUGUCAUUAGCACUUGGUGAAAGCUGGAAAGAAGGUAACACUAAACUAUGCCCUUUUAUUUUCUUCUUGAAAGAGUAAGGUUAACCUCUUACAUUUUUUGAGUUAAUUCAUGUAAAAAAUUAUAUUGAUUUUGAUGUAAUAUUUCUUUUUGCUUGAGUCUAAUUGAAGAUCAAUAAUUUAAGUUAUUCAUGAUAUUAGUAACUUUGCAACAUGAUACAGUAAAUAAAUUUUAUUGGUGGAUGCCAAAUACUGCUGUGAAUCUCUUUGUAUAGUGUCUGUGAAUGAAUUUUUCAAAACAAAUAUAUGUGUAUCUCGAUUUGUGCAGAGAUUAAAUAUCACAUAGAUCUCUGAGUACUGGAAUCUUGUUUCACAUGAGUUGUCUGAAGUAGUUAUUUAACUGCUCCUUUUGAAGUUUAUUUUAUAAUAAAUAAAGAUAUAAUAGCAUGUGGAUUUAAAAAGACUUCCCCCAUUAACAAGAAUAACAGUUAAAGUAGAUGGUUUCAAAACAUACUUGCAAACUGAGAUAUGAACAGAAUGAUUAAAAAAUAAUGUAUACCUUGCACAAAUGUGAUAUUGGUGUAUACACAUAGCUGUUUCAGAGACAAUAUACUUAUGGUGAUUUUAGGCACUAGUAAAUCUUGACUUAGCUUGAUAGUGUGUAGAAUUUAAUUUUGAAGGAUAAGACCAUGUGGAAAUUGUGGUAAGGAUUGUUUAUACUCUUUAUGAAAUAAUUUUAAAGUUGGAGUCAGUUUUACUAAUCUAUUAAAUACAUAGAUACUGUAUAUGGUCAGAUUUUUAUUGUAGACUCAUAAUUAAAUGUAAAAUUGAAAUACAUUUAUUUGCUGUUGUAAAAUAUUUUCAAACCCUGAUAUUAUCUUUCACAGUAGUUUUCUUUUUAUAGUCAGUAAUACAAAAUACUGCAAAUGUUUAAUUGUCGUUUAACAAUUUUCAGUUAUUCAUUAUAAUAGUUUGACUAUAGUUUUUUUUCCUAUGCCACAUAUGUGCCACUUUUAAAUAGUAAAUGACUCAUUAUUGCUAUAUUUUAAAAGCAGUUGUAUUAGGAAGAACUUUGUAAAUAAAUACUUAAA